AUGAUGGAGGAGAUACAGCAGUGCCUUCAGGACUCCAUGCAGGAGGUGCUGCGUGGCGGUGCCCGUGGUGCCCGGUCCGGGCUGGAGAAGAUCGAGGGGAGCAUCUGGCAGACGUACCAGGCCCUCCCAAAGAAUGAGUUCGGCCACAUCGGCCCACGGGCGGUGAGGUAUUUGGUGCAUAACUACUUUGCCAAGGAGCACGGCUGGCUCAUCAAAGGCCUGGAGCCGCAUGGCCACCAAACCGAUGUCUCGGAGGUCCACGAGGUGAACAUUCUUCAGGACAAGGCCCCGGCCCUUGUGGAGUCCCUCCUCGAAUCCCAGCGCGCCGGCCGAGGCCUCGCGCUCCAGGACGCCGUGGCCAUGGUGGCCACCCUCGAGCGCCUCAUCUUUGAUGAGGCGAUCAAACUUCUGCAGACCUCGUACAAGCUGAACUCCCUGGCAAUGGAGAAGCCUUUAGAUGAGGCUGGCAUCCACGAGGUAUUGACCUCGUACCUGAUUCUGUUCGAGAUGGGUGAUCGUGCUAUGCUGCAGAAUGCAAACUUGCAUCGGGCCUUGAAAACCCGUGCCGCAGAGGUUGGAGGCAACUGGCCGCUGCUCGUUGAAUUCGAACAGGAUGCUGUCUCGAACUUUGGCUUCACACACAAGCAUAUUCGAAAUCCCUUCCUGUCCACACCGAAGUUUGCCUUCGAAGAUGCCGUGGAGAUUGUGGAGGGGCUAACAGCUGAUUAUGGAAAAUGGCAGAACACCGAGUGCCAACAGAUGAAGAGUGAGCUCAUGGAGCUGGACUCGCAAG